GAUAAAAUAACCACCUGUGUGAUUGUUGCUGUCCAGUGUCUAUAUGUAUUCCAAACCAACAUGGCGGCAGUCACCACUGUACUUCUCCAAGCUGCACCGAUAUUUAUCGUCAUCCUCUUUCUUCUGAAAUUCCUUCAACUUGUGAAAAGGAAGUAUGACCUGUCGAGGUCAUUUAAGGACUUUACGGGGCCGAAACCUCACUGGUUGUACGGGAACAUGAGGGAGAUUUCUGGCGACUUAAAUGGACUGCUGAGAACUGUCGACUAUGGUGCCACCUACGAAGGUGUAUUUCCGGUCUGGAUGGGUCCACUCGACGCUUAUUUGAAUAUGGCUCACCCGUCUAUAGUUAAGCACGUUUUCUCUGGAUCAGAUCCAAAAGACGAAUUUUCCUAUGCGUUGAUGCGGCCAUGGAUAGGGGACGGCUUACUCCUAGCAGGUGGGCGGAAGUGGGACCGAAACAGGCGCAUGCUCACUCCAGCAUUUCACAUGGACAUAUUGAAACACUAUGUUAAGAUAUUCAAUGAAUCCACAAAAGUGUUAGUGAAAAAAUGGCGGGAAAAUCCGGGUUGUGUGGAGACGUUUCAUCACAUGAGUUUGUUGACGCUGGAUAGUAUGAUGAAGUGUCUGUUCGGUCACCAUAGCAACUGCCAACUCGAAACAGUGCGCCCUGCUUACAUCCAGUGUGUAUACGAUGUCUCCGAUCUCAUCGUCAAGAGGAUAAUGAACCCACUUCAUCAUUACAGAUUUAUAUACUCUCUGUCGGAAAACGGGCGCAAAUUUAAGUACGCAUGCGAUACCAUACAUGAGCACUCGAACAUGUUGAUAGAACAGAGAAGGAAAUUGUUGGAGACAGAGAAGCCCGGGUCAAGAAACAUUGACUUUCUUGAUAUUUUACUCACAGCAAAGGAUUCGGACGGGCAGGGUCUGAGUGAACAGGAGAUUCGUGAUGAGGUGGAUACCUUUAUGUUCGCGGGGCACGACUCCACGGCCAGCACGCUAUCGUGGUGUCUGUAUAAUCUGGCUCUACACCCGGAGUAUCAGGACCAGUGUCGGGAGGAGGUGCAGCGAGAGUGGGGAGACAAGACCGAGCUCACGUGGGACGACAUCCACAAAGUAUCGUUCACCUUCAACUGUAUCAAGGAAAGCCAGAGAUUGUUUCCACCGGUACCUAACGUGUCCAGGUGUGCUGAGAGGGACAUAACCUUACCUGAUGGCCGCGUCAUACCUAAAGACAUGAGAAUGGCGGUGUCGUUGUUUGCUCUACACAGGAACCCGGAUGUUUGGGACAAUCCGGAAGAGUUUAACCCAUAUAGAUUUUCCGAGGAAAACACUAAAUCCAAUGCCGGCUCCGGGAGCUUCAUCCCUUUUUCAUUGGGCCCUAGAAAUUGUAUAGGGCAGGCAUUCGCCACAACCCAGUUGAAAGUUGUUAUACCAACAAUUAUACGCAACUUUCGGUUGACACUUGAACCCAGUCGGCCAGCGGAACCGGAAGCCAUGCUCAUCUUGAGAAGUAAAAACGGGCUGUAUCUAAAUAUCAAGCCAUUAUGCAUGAUAAACUUUAGUACUAACGUGUUCGGCAUGGCGGCUCAACUCGCAAGCGAUGUCCGAGCCGGAAUUACCAAUUCCGACAACCAGUAUUCUCUUCCCUUCGAACCCUCGGAAGUCCUUGUAGUCAUGAGUGUGUAUGACCUUGCCCUUGAACUUCUCCAGUCCAGCGAAUGUUGGCACGUUCGGGAUGCUGAGAUGUCCGUUACACACGAUAACAAAUUCGCUCAUCACAAAACAGUCCAAGAACCAUAUCAGCAGUUAUCAAGCUGCAGUGGAGUUCCGGUAUCUUCCCGGAGAUCCAAUAAUCGGACAGAAUCUUCCUUCCUACAAGUCUCCGAGAACCUGAUAAACCGGACCUUCCCAUGUCAAGGAAAAAUACACUUUGAGAUUCUAACAGACACGAUGACCUCGUUUGUGACCAGUUCGACAAUACGUGGUGUAUUGUGCAUUCUUAAAUACGUCAACUACUUGUUUUGCAGAACAGCAAUACCUGAGACGGGCAUUAUUGUAGAUACACUUCUAUACCAGCUGUUCAAGAACGACAAACUCAAAAAACUGGAAUAUCUUUGUCAGUUUUAUCAUAAAUUCGGCUUAUACAAGUAUGAAAAGAAAAUAUAUCUUUUUGAUGAGAAGAUGGCACAAACCGCCAUUCACAAACUCGACAAAGGGGCGGAUAAUUACUUAGAAGACUCACCCUUGAAAGAUACGUUUUUAGGAUCUUCCCAAAAAAGCCCAGAAGUAAGGCGUGCAAUUGCUACCAUUUUUCGUAAAACAUCUAUAGACGAAAGAGGUCAGAUAAUGAUCCGUGAUCUUGACCUUUUGUGUCACAAUAUGCGAGAGGUCAGUUGCAGGUCAAGGCCAGUGAACUUAACCCAACUCAGUCUAAGACUCGCUCUGGACGUAGUUGGUCACGUGUUGCUGCAUCUUGACCUUGGGGGACUGAAAGGUCAACAGGAUCGGCUUCUUGGUGCCAUGAUGACUAUUUUACACAGGUGUUACGCCUUGGCUGAAAUCACCAGUGACAGUAAAGAAUUUAUGCAGGCCACGGAGGACCUGGACAAGCUGACGUCACAGAUCCUAGAGGACGCUCUCAACAGAGAUGACCAGACUGGCGAGGAUAAGCGGCUUGUCGUCCAGCUUCACGAAGCCUGUGGCUUCGAACAGGCUAAAGACAACAUGAAACUAUUUCUGAUGGCUGGAACAGAAACCACAGCAUCUACCCUACCCGUUAUAUUUUACCUGCUGACCAAACACCCUGACAUCCAGAUGGAACUUCAAGCGGAAGCUGACGAAAAUAUGGACAAUUUACGGAAAGAUCCGAACUUUCCCUUACCGAAGAUUGACAGCUUCAUGAAGGAAGUUCUCCGCCUAUAUCCUAUAGCACCUUUCAUCAGCAGACAAAACAACAGUCCCGUGACUAUAGGAAAGGUCAACCUUCACGAACACAGUGACCUUGUUGUGUUUACAUGGGGAAUACAUAGAUCGCCGUAUACUUGGGACAAGUCAACGGAAUUCGUGCCCUUCAGAUUUUACGAAACAAGCACCAAAAAGUCGAGCUCUAAUUUAUACAUCCCCUUUGGGGCUGGAUCGCGAGUUUGCAUUGGUCAGCACCUAGCAUGGCUUGAAAUCCGAUUAGCUAUCGCUAUUCUACUGAAUAGAUUUGACUUCAGUCAGACAGAAGUGACCCCUGACCUCCAGUUCGUGGUGGACUGGACUCAUGCUGUAGUUCAUCCUGAUAAGGACAUGUUGUUCAAAGCCAUUCCAAGGACAAGUGCAACGUGACCUGGAGCGGAAGUGACGUUUACAGUUUCACCGUCUUGAAUAUAUCAUGUAUUAAAUUGAGAUUAAAAUUGGAGAAUUUACU